UCAGCCCCAUGAUGUGAGCUGUCUUUUGGCUGACAGAACUGUUCUUCAUUGUUUUUGUGUGCACCUGCCGACUGAGGAGCUUGAGAAGGUUGGGUGCGGUUAAAUGACUGACUCAAGACAAUAUGAAUUAUGUAGAAGUAAAUUGAACUAAUUAAUGAAGACAAAGGCCAACAUCAGCAACCAGGAGAAGCUCGUCUUUGUGGGACCUGAACUUCUGAGGAGGUGAGUGUCGUGCCUGCUGAACCUCCCCGGACCCGCUAGCCAUGCCAGGAAUUGUCGUGUUCCGCCGGCGCUGGUCUGUGGGCAGCGAUGACCUCGUUUUGCCGGCUGUCUUUCUUUUCCUCCUUCAUACCACCUGGUUUGUGAUCCUCUCCGUGGUGCUCUUCGGGCUGGUGUACAACCCCAACGAGACGUGCUCUCUUAACCUGGUGGACCACGGCAGAGGCUACCUGGGCAUCCUGCUCAGCUGUAUGAUCGCAGAGGUGGCAAUCAUCUGGCUCAGCAUGCGAGGCAGCAUCCUGUACACGGAGCCCCGCGACUCGAUGCAGUAUGUGCUCUAUGUCAGACUAGCUAUCUUGGUGAUCGAAUUUGUGUACGCCAUCGUGGGCAUCAUUUGGCUAACGCAGUACUACGCGUCGUGCAACGAUGUCACUGCCAAGAGCGUCACUUUGGGGAUGGUGGUGUGCAACUGGGUCGUCAUCCUGAGCGUCUGCAUCACUGUCCUGUGCGUCUUCGACCCCACGGGGAGGACCUUUGUCAAGCUGCGUGCCACGAAGCGCCGGCAGCGCAACCUGAGGACCUACAACCUGCGGCACCGCCUGGAGGAAGGGCAAGCCAGCAGCUGGACACGGCGGCUCAAGGUUUUCCUUUGCUGCACGCGCACCAAGGACUCCCAGUCGGAUGCCUACUCUGAGAUCGCCUACCUUUUCGCGGAGUUCUUCCGAGACCUGGACAUCGUCCCGUCCGACAUCAUUGCGGGCCUGGUUCUCCUGCGCCAGCGGCAAAGGGCGAAACGCAACGCCGUGCUGGAUGAGGCAAACAAUGACAUUUUAGCUUUUCUGUCUGGGAUGCCGGUGACCAGGAACACUAAGUAUCUGGACCUGAAAAAUGCGCAAGAGAUGCAGCGCUAUAAAGAGGUGUGUUACUACAUGCUGUUUGCCCUGGCUGCCUAUGGCUGGCCCAUGUACCUGAUGAGGAAGCCCACAUGUGGACUCUGUCGCCUGGCCAGAUCCUGCUCGUGUUGCUGUCUGUGUCCUUCCCGUCCCCGCUAUGCACCCGGUGUCACCAUUGAGGAGGACAACUGCUGUGGCUGCAAUGCCAUCGCCAUCCGGCGGCACUUCUUGGAUGAGAAUAUGACCUCGGUGGACAUUGUUUACACUUCUUGUCACGAUGCGGUUUAUGAAACUCCUUUCUACGUUGCUGUGGACCACGAUAAGAAGAAGGUGGUCAUCAGUAUCCGAGGAACUCUGUCUCCAAAAGAUGCCUUGACUGACCUAACUGGGGAUGCAGAACGGCUUCCAGUUGAGGGUCACCAUGGAACAUGGCUGGGACACAAAGGAAUGGUGCUAUCUGCUGAGUACAUUAAGAAGAAAUUGGAACAGGAGAUGGUGCUCUCUCAAGCCUUUGGACGGGACCUGGGCAGAGGGACAAAACACUAUGGCCUGAUUGUGGUUGGUCAUUCCCUAGGGGCUGGCACGGCUGCAAUCCUGUCCUUCCUUUUGCGCCCACAGUACCCGUCACUGAAGUGCUUUGCGUAUUCCCCCCCAGGCGGGCUGCUGAGUGAGGAUGCCAUGGAGUAUUCAAAAGAAUUUGUGACUGCAGUCGUACUUGGCAAAGAUCUAGUGCCCAGGAUUGGGCUCUCACAACUAGAGGGGUUUCGCCGGCAACUGCUUGAUGUUCUCCAGCGAAGUAACAAACCAAAGUGGCGAAUCAUUGUGGGUGCCACCAAGUGCAUCCCGAAGUCAGAGCUCCCUGAAGAGACAGAGGAAAAUUCGGUAACCAGUAAUCGCCUCUGGACCCAUCCCAGUGAUCUCACCAUUGCCCUGUCUGCAAGCACCCCGCUCUACCCGCCCGGCCGCAUCAUCCACGUGGUGCACAACCAUCCUGCAGAGCAGUGCUGUUGCUGUGAGCAAGAGGAUCCCACUUAUUUUGCUAUCUGGGGUGACAACAAGGCGUUUAAUGAAGUGAUCAUCUCGCCAGCGAUGCUGCAUGAACACCUCCCAUAUGUGGUCAUGGAAGGACUCAACAAGGUCCUGGAGAAUUACAACAAGGGGAAAACAGCUUUACUAUCUGCAGCCAAAGUAAUGGUGAGUCCUACAGAAGUGGAUCUAACCCCAGAGUUGAUCUUCCAGAGUCAGCCCUUGCCUAGUGGACCCACAAUACAGAUUGGAACUGGAGCCAUAACAGUGGACAGAAGAAACAGCAGUACUAAGAGCAAGUCCCAUUCGGAAAUUAGCCUGGAGGGAUUUUAUGAGACAAAGGCACUUUCCCCUGUGCAGAAGGACCCUGUGGAGCUUCUCCUCCUGGAUACAAAGGAACGUCUGUCUGUGGAGCUGCAGGACCGCCGCGCCCCUCUCGCGACCAUGGAGAGCCUCUCUGACAACGAAUCCCUCUACAGCUUCGAUUCCAGGCGCUCCUCUGGCUUUCGGAGCAUCCGGGGCUCCCCCAGUCUCCACGCGGUCAUGGAGAAGGACGAGACGCACUGCUUUUACAUAGACCCCGCUAUCCCGGAGGAGAACCCCUCGCUCAGCUCGCGGACAGAGCUGCUGGCUGCUGACAGCCUUUCCAAACACUCCCAGGAGACUCAGGCCCCGGACACCGUGCUCAGCAGCGGGGGAACCACCCCGCAGCGCCGCUGCAGCGAGGCGGGCGCCGGCAGCGACGGGGACCGCGUUUCUUUAGCCCCGCGGGAGGAGCUGGCGCUCCAGAACGGGCGGCUCGCUGACGUUCCCAGUCCCCAGGUGCUGGAGUUUGCUGAGUUCAUAGACAGCCUCUUUAAUCUGGAUAGCAAAAGCAGCUCCUUCCAGGACAUCUACUGCAUGAUGGUGUCGGACAGCUCCAGUGACUUUGCAGAGAUGCCCAAGUCUGUCAGUGAUCAGGAGAUCCUGUUAAGGGCCCAAUACGAGCCCAACUUAGUCCCAAAGCCCCCGAGGUUGUUUGCAGGUUCAACAGAUCCUUCGUCGGGCAUCUCUGUCUCACCCUCCUUCCCCCUUAGCUCGUCCGGAGAACUCAUGGAUAUCACUCCCACAGGCGUGAGCAGCCAGGAGUGCCUGGCCACUGACAAAAUCCGGACUUCCACCCCCUCYGGGCAUGUAACCAGCCCUGCAAAGCAGGAGGACCUCAUGAUUUCUGCCCUCUAGUGCAAGGGUACAGGGGCUUGGCUCUGCGAGCUGAUCCCGUAGGCAGAGUGCUGGGAUAAUGCUUGGAAAAGCUGAUCAUUGGGCAGUUCAGGUCAGAAGAGACACCUGGAAACAUUUCCUCCUGGGAUGCCACAGUGGCAGCACAGUGGUGUCUGGAGGAUGGAUUGUGCUUGGGUCCCAUGCUUUGAUUUGGGAGAAGAAGCGUUGCCUCUCGAUGCCCACUACACAAAGCGGGCCUAAGUCUCUAAAGGUAGAUGCAAGUCCCCUGCCUUAGCAUGCCUGGUUUCUAUUAAGAGGCAGAUUCCUUGCCCCAGGGCACCUGCCGAGGUGUGGGAGUGAGAUGUACUGCUUCAGGGAAUCCUCUGGGAUGGAGGAGUGGAUUCUCUGAAGCUCAAGGGUUGCACAGGCAGAAGCAAGGGGACCAGGUCACCCCCCCGGUACUAUUUCCAAUGGUCUGGAAAAUGAGCGGAUUGAGACUUUGGGCCCUAUUGCACUAACAUGUUGGRUCUGGCCCAAGAUCCAAUUCGUCACACUUCCAUGGGGAUUGUUUUUGUAGGACACUCUCCCAUUUUAAAGCCAUUGGGACUGUAUUCUCCCUAAAUGCAGUCUCCCCUUCCCUGGCCAGGCACAGCAAGAGUCAGGCUGGCACUGUGUUUUCUCUCCCCUGAGUAUUUCUGUGCUCAGUGACCACCAGCCACCUUCUGAGAGGACAGGGAACUCUGUUCUGGAGAGCCAGAGCCCUUUGUCACGUCCCCUUCUGUGCCAGAAGGAGCCCUCCUGGAUGCCACCGUCGUCACCUCACGGUUUCCUGGACCGCUCUGAGCUGGCGUCGCUCCCGCGGGACUGGCAGGAUGUUCAUCUCAGAGCUGCGUGGAUGGAUCAGCUUCACCGUCGUGUGCCGGGCCCCUGCAGAGCCUGGGAGCCUCGGCAGGACCCGCGGGGUCCUCACCCCACCUGCCCGCGGUGCUUGCACAUCAGUGCUGGCCUCUGU